AUGCCAGCAUGCUUCACCGCCCCACCGCAGCUUGUCGAUAUGUUGCGACGCCUGAGCAGGCAGCUGAACGAUGAAAGAGACAGCAUCAAACUUGAAAGGAGGACAAGCAAGAGGGAACGGAUCUCGCGAUUCUUUCGUUCGAGGAAACAAAAGCCAAAGCAGUACGAUGAAGCACCUACAAGUCCAAGUCCAGAUAGGACACUUUCGUUGCAGCCCUCUCGAUUCAAGAACGCCGGCACAACGACCUCAGAGCCGUCAAGCAGCUCUAUCGACGCGCUGAGGACAUCGUCACUCAAAGAGGUGAGAAGAGAGACCAUGACUUCGACAAUACUGGGCGAGGAUCAACAGACGGACGAUAAGAGUGUGGGAAUCACUCCAUUGGAGAGAUCCUUCGAUACUACAACCUUGUCUGCACCUACAGACCAAAUCAACGCGCCGCAUCUGCACUCUCGGCUGGCUGCUGAAGAGCACAAGGACGAGAUCGACUUGCUGAGUGGAGCCAGCACACAAGCUCUCUUCUCUGGCGCCCCAAGUUUCAGCGUCGAGUUCAUGGCUGGUCGAGCAUUGCCUAAAGUAUCAUAUCCUUGGGACAGCGAGGUGGAGCAUGAUGAUGCUGACGACUCGAUACACCCCGUGGAACCUUCGUUUAUGGCUGCAACUGUGCACGUACAUCCCAGCAAGAAGCACUCUACAUUUGGUGUCGAGAAUCGUCACCAAAUAUAUCAAGUGAAUGCUGUUGAGGUGCCAAGCUGGCUCAGUGCACAAGGCUUUGAGCCAGGGAGCAUCGGCUUCGCUCACUUUGUGGAAUUGCCUCAAGCUGACAAUCUCGUCACAGAUUCUCUGUACGAUGAUGCCAGUGAGGAGUUUAUCGAAACUUCCAGGAACAAAGUGCUGAUGCAAACUACCCCCGAGCGUAUUGGCAUACGCUAUGUAAAUAUGGACGCAGUAUACGACCGCCUCAUCGAGUUCCAAGAUCUGUACGAAGCAUUUCAACACAGCCCGGAACGCAUUACAAUACUCAACAACCAAAGUCCAGGCGACCUCUACGCGCAUCUCUUUAGCACAUUCUUGACACCGCCCGGCUAUGCUGGAGCCAACCUCGAUCCCACAGGUCUGCAGGUCCAAAUUGUAGCUAUCCUUAGGGUUUUAAACCUAAAGGGGAUUUGGCACGACUUCAGCCUAGUCGAGUGGAGAAUUAGGCUUGGUCAGCUUCUGUUCUGCGACCCGGAGGCUAUGCCCGGGCGAAACGCUCAAACACUGUGGACAGAACGCGAUAUUCUGCUGCUUCAGAUUAGCUUGUCCUGCGAGCUGUUGCUCAGAUUGGAUGCAAUUGCAGCGACCUAUGCUGGCAAGACCGAUGGCCAAACCCGCAUAAGCGCGCAGGAAAUACAAACGUUUCACAACCUUACAAGCAGGAAGACGGACUGGGACUUGAUUCUGGCACACAGAUUUCUGGAAAACAUUCUGGUCAUCAAGGGCAAUGACAAUGGUGCUUUGACACCAGUGCCUGAGCCGCGCGGACUAUUCUCACUCCUUGGCGGGACUACACCCAAGGAACUUCCCAGAUCGGAUGUCAUUUUCCUGCCUCAGCAUCAGUCUCGGCAACUUUCGGGACUCCUGUACUUUGCGGAAUCGAUCAAAUGGCCAAACAUGGACUCGCUCACCAAGUCACUGGCUGAGAAGCUUGGGGUGGUAACUCAGGACGUUGAGCGUACGAUCACACCAUCUUCUCCUAGUGGAUGGUCCUUCAAUCCUACAACGCCUUCGGUUGUCAGUGUGUACGGAACGCCGUUGCAGACCCCACGAUCGGCUACCCAUCAGCUGGAUGAUUAUUUCGGGCGAGUCCAGAAACCCAUCGUAAGACGUAACGACUCACGAUCAUUGCGUGUUCCCUUGUCUACCACGCUUGUGACGUUACAAGACAGUCCGAGCCCAACAAUGGUCGACAUUGGUGGAUGGCUCAGUCGCUCUUUUCUUACCGGCAUGAUCCUUCCAGGGGAAGCCAUUUCGCACUUUUUGAUCUCGACGCUCCUGGAAAACGACCAGCUCGCGAUUUCUGCGCUCGGUGAUUCGGCCAACCUAUACGGUGGCUUCAUCUAUGACGGUAAAACAUGGUGGAGCAAAGCUUCCGUAGUUGGCCGGGUCUUAGCUUGCACCGAAGGAGCACAAGAGUGCAUGGGCUGGAUUUACGUUAGUAAGUUACCAGAAGGGGCAUCCGUCGGCUGGCAUUCCAUACACAGUGAACAACUGCCUGUUGCUUCGCGGAUCAACGUCGACAGGGACUUGGUAGCAGCAGAUGCAAGCGCUGUGCCAGCAGGUCCAGACGUCCCUGUCAGAUCCAAAGAUUUGGUUAUGCCAAAAGACCUUGAGUUUUCUCCAGGGACAGCAGCUCGCUUCCUUCAAUGGGAUCUCACACCACUCAAUCUUGACUUGAUUGAUGUCGACACAAACCUUGGACCACCGACUGAGAGCGACAUAAACACGCCUUCGCUUACCUUUAUGAUUGAAAAGACCGACGAAGAGUGCGUUUUGACUCUCGCCUACGAGGUACAGUUCGUGGCAUCCUGGCCCUGCUACACACCAGCUUCCACAUCAGCUGCAAGCCCGCGACAUGUGGUAAAGAGCUCAAAAUCAGGCACCCUAUCACACACAUCUUCGAAACGCAGCGUCAGCACAAAACUGUCCAGGAGCAACAGCCAUGGUUUUGAACCCCUUCUGUCGCACCCUCCCGAGGCGGCUGGCAUUGGGCCGCAGCGCAGCCACACCACCGAAUGGGACGAGGUGCAAUCAGAAUCUACAGCACUGGUGAGGCCAUUAAUCGCUCACCCUCUCCACGUGUCUUAUACACACGUGAUCGUACCUGUCACUGACGUUCUGAAACCAAAAUUCACGUUGCCCUUCACCAUGUCUGCAAACCGGUUGCCGAUGUGCUCUUCUUCGAUUCUGCCGAGAGACAUGCAUGAAGACCGUUCAGGUGUCAAUGACCGUAGGGCUGUGCUCGUUCUUGAUGCGCGUGGUACAGCAGACCUGCAGCUGCUUGCGAGGGCUUGGUGUGCGGAGAAGGGUCUCCACGCAGUCAUUGGCCGCGUGGAGAGAACUUGCCUUGCUUGUUGCAUUCGCGAAGCGCGUGGCUUGGGCAUCAAUGUCGUCAUCAGGGUAUAG